UCAUUCUUGAUGCGGACAGACAGCGGCUGCUGCGCUUCCAAGUGAGCCCGUCUCAACCAGAGAGCCGUAGAAGUCCGGGCUGAACGCAUGCACUGGACUAGUUCUUCUCCUAUCUUGGAUUUUAAAGUUUUUCACGACUCUAUAGAACGACUCUCUACAUGUUUUUGGACUUCUGUUUCUUUCAAGGAUCUGUAUUUAAAGUUGGAUACAUGAAGAUGCUUUAUACCAAGUAGCGCACCGGGGAAACGGGUGUCGUUUCUCUGUCCUCCGGGACAUUUUGGGACUCCUCCGCUGUCUUCCUGGCUGCUUGGAUUACAUUUACACAACAUCGCAUUUAGGGGGAACUAUUACGCAUCGCUCUCGAAAGCUCUGGCUUUGUCCCCCAAUGAAAUAUACCCCUUCAGGACUAGCUGCGGAUCGAGUUAGUGAGCGGAUCGAACUUAGCGAGAGCACCGAGUCUAAGAAGUCUCGCCCCGGCGCCGCGGUCUCACUGCUGACCCCUCUGGACCCUCUUCGGCAGGCGAAGCGGCUUCCUAUCCGACUGAUCAAGAUGUUGACAGCGCACACUGGACACUUGCUCCAUCCGGAAUAUUUGCAGCCUCUAACGUCCGCACCAGUGAGCAUCGAGCUGGAUGCUAAGAAGAGUCCACUGGCCUUGCUGGCUCAGACCUGCUCUCAGAUUGGUAAACCGGACCCUCCAUCCUCCUCCAAGCUUGGCUCCUCCUCCAGCACUGGGGACAAGGAGCCCAGCAGUCGGUCAUCGGCCUCCAGCCUGAAGCUAGGGGAGCGCCCUACUCCUGAGGACAAAUCCAGCUUUAAACCCUACAACAAAAGCAGUGUAGAAUGUCGCAGGGAUGGUGUUACCAACAGCUCCAGCAGUGAUAAAGCUGGAUUCAGGGUACCAAGCAGCAGUAGCUUAACUACUAAUGGGAAUUCAACCAGUGGCCAGCAGUCCUACCCAUCCCACACUUCUUCACCUGGCUCCAGAGGCAGCAGCACUCCACCAGGACAGGCUCAGCAGCAGUAUCAUAAACAGAGCCAGUCUCCUGGUAGACAGCCAGCUUCACAGUCCCAAACUCUUAGCGCUGAACCUGGACGCGAGCAGAGCAGUCCUACCAGCACUUCCAGUAAUAAUAAUAGUAAUCCAAAAAAAGACAGUGAUUUAAACAAGGCCAGCUCAGACAGUCCGCAGCACGCGAACUCCAGCCACGUUCGGGCAAGCACAAACUGCAGCAACAGCAGCUCUGAUGGGGGUUCCAACCACGACGGUGGAAGAGCCGAGACCACCCAGCCUAACCUCGGACCUGGACAUAUUACGCCCAUUUCUCCUUAUAAAAACAGCCAGCCACUCUUCCCCCUGCCCUCUUCUAAUAUGGGCUAUCACGGAUCGGUCAUGGGGGGUUACGCAGGCUACCCAUCCCAGUUCAUUCCAGGGUUGGACCCGUCCAAAUCGAGCCUCAGCAUGGGAGGAAAACACACGAGUUCCAGCCCUCUGACAGGUGCCUCCCCUCCCUCCUUCAUGCAGGGCCUUUGCAGGGACCCUUACUGUCUAAGCUACCCUGGUAUGUCUCAUCUCGGCAGUAGCAACUGCAAUUCCUGCAUCCAUGACCCUUCCUCCACACUAAAAUCAAGCUAUCCUAUGGUGUACCCCUCCCACCCUCUUCACUCCCUCCACCAAAGCUCCUUGUCAUCCAGUGUGUCCCCCUCCCUGUCUCAUCCUCUUUAUACAUAUGGCUUUAUGCUCUCCAAUGACCCCCUUCCCCAUGCCUGCAACUGGGUGUCAGCUGGAGGGCCGUGUGACAAGCGUUUCACCACCUCAGAUGAACUCCUGGCUCACCUUCGCACCCACACGGCUCUGCCUGUGGGGAUGGACAGUAAGCUGCUCUCCGUUUCCUCGUCUGGACCUGCAUCCUGCCACUUACACCUCCCACACCAAAGCAGCCCAGGCUCUCUUCCCAGCUCUCUUUCGCUCAGGGCUCCCCCCAGCCUGGGUUUAGCUCGCUAUCACCCAUACAGUAAGGUCCAUCUCCCCUCUGGGCCUUCCUCCAUCUCCCUGCACUCUCUGCCCACCACAGGCCCAUACUAUCCUCAUUACACUCUCUAUAGUCAGAGACUUGGAUCUGCAUCAGCUCUUGGAUACCAAUAGAACACCAUGUACUUACGUGUUUCUCUAAAUAGUUUGACAUUUUGGGAAUUAUUCAUGUUUGCUUUCUUGCAGAGAGCUUGGUGAGAAGUGUAAAACAGGUCCCAUGCACCUCUUAAAAAAUGAACCUAUGGCCAAUUAGCUUAGCUAUUCACACCAGUUGGAAAAGUUGUUACCAAAGCCAUCCUGGCUUCAUCUGCCACCAUUUCUAAAGCUCACAUUAAAUGUUGUGUGAUAGGACUCAACAUUAUAGCAGGAACCUUUAAUUUUCUCAUAACUUUGGCAAGCAGCUGUGAAGCAACUGACCGGCGCUCCAGCUAGCAUAUAAUCGAACUUGACUUGUAAAAUGGCUCAUUUCUGUUUAUUUUACCCAUUUCUUUCUGAUUAAAAAUGUAUUCCAUGUGUUUGGCAGUUCUAAGCUGUAUCUAAGGUGUGAAUUUGUUUCCUCUUUACAUAGUCAGGCUAGCUGUUUGCUUCUGUUUGAGCUAAGCUAACUGGUUGCAGCUUUGUAAUUGGCAGGAAAACAACACCUUGCUCUGACAGAAAGUUAACAAUUACAUUCCCCAAAAUGUUUUACUGUUACUUUAAGAUUCAUUGUGGCAACUUGCUGCUUCUGAAUUCAGAAAAAAAACAUGGAGACAUUGUUUUAUACUUAGAAGCAUCUUCACUCUUUGUUUAAAGUUUUUUUUUUUACAAGAUUUCUUAAAAAGCUCCCCCUAAAUUCAGAGGGCACGUAGACCUUCUGUUUUUGCACAUUGCAAGAGACUUGACUGCCCUGAGGUUAUCUACCGCCCUGUGCUAUUUUGAAAAUUGAUGGUUGUGCAUAAAAGCUCUUAACCAUUGAGCAUUUUCUCAGCAAACGGUCAUGGUUAAGUAAAGAAAAAAGCUACUUUGAGAGGGAUGGCUGUUGGCUGCGGCCUCUGACCUCAGUUGCCUUCUCCCUGCAGGAGAUGCAUGAGAGCUUGAAACAGCAUAACCAUUUAACUGGCCCAAUGUCUGUGAUGAUUUGCUUUGGUUCUUCCUGCUUCCUCCUGCUGAUGUGUAUUUAUUUCCAACAGGAUCCCUGGCUUUAAAACUUUCUAUAUAUUCUCCUUUUACCUUUUUUAAUGUGAGCUGACAUUUUGGAAACCAGGACAGGUGUUAAAACUGUGUCUUAACACUUUUUAUUGAAUGAAUGUUAAAAUCACAUCUUAUUCUCAGCUUUUUGAUUGUUUUUUUCUUUCCACAGCAAAAUGAAUAAAACUGAGAUGUGAUAUUUUUUUGUAAUAUUGAAACCCCCUGUGGGGUGAUGCAGUGAGAUGGAAGCUCAUAUUUUGGUAAAUAAAUCACACUGAAGUCGUG